AACACAUGCAGCGCGGAGGAGAAGCGAGAGGGAGGGGGAAGAGCAGGAGAGGCGGAGGGGAAAGGAAAGGAAGGAAGAAGCCGGCGAACGACGUCACAAGCGCCGUCGCGAGGAGCCCUUCGUUGCAGUCCGGAGUAGGAAGGGAAGGGGGAGGCGGGGGCGGGGCCUGAGGAGGGGCGGUGGAGGAGGAGGAGGAAGAGGAGGAGGAGGAGGGAGAAGAUGGCGGACGAUCCCAGCGCUGCCGACAGGAACGUGGAGAUCUGGAAGAUCAAGAAGCUCAUCAAGAGUCUCGAGGCGGCGCGCGGCAAUGGCACCAGCAUGAUAUCCUUGAUCAUUCCCCCCAAAGACCAGAUUUCCCGAGUGGCAAAAAUGUUAGCCGAUGAGUUUGGCACAGCAUCAAAUAUUAAAUCUCGAGUGAAUCGCCUUUCGGUCCUUGGCGCCAUUACAUCUGUACAGCAACGGCUAAAACUAUAUAACAAAGUACCUCCAAAUGGUCUGGUUGUUUACUGUGGAACAAUUGUGACAGAAGAAGGAAAGGAGAAGAAAGUGAACAUUGAUUUUGAACCUUUCAAACCAAUAAAUACAUCAUUGUAUUUGUGUGAUAAUAAAUUCCAUACAGAGGCUCUAACAGCACUAUUGUCAGAUGACAGCAAAUUUGGCUUUAUUGUAAUAGAUGGUAGUGGUGCACUUUUUGGAACACUUCAAGGAAACACCAGAGAGGUGCUGCACAAAUUCACCGUGGAUCUUCCAAAGAAACAUGGUAUUGUAUCAAAAACGAGAGAAAUUGAUGUGUUUUUAGAAAGAAUAAUUUUGGGGAGUAAGACUUGUAACUAGUUCAGUGAUUUCAAU